AUGCAACGAUUCGCUCUGGUCGCCGCCGCUUUCAUCGCCUUCUACGGCUUGGUCAGUUUUUCGGUUCUCCUUAGCUACCAUUUCGAGAAUGAAGAAAUUCAGCCAAAAGUUCUUAUUGACUUUUUUGUACCAUUCAAAGUCUUAGACUUCCUAUACAAACGAGAUUGAAGCUUUUCUGAACUUUACCUUCAGCCCAUGCUUCUUUAAUCUUCUCAGCAAGAACUUUGUAAGAAAUUCUCCCUCUACUGGAUUUUUGAAAAUGCUAAAGUCUGAGAUUAUUUAGAGCUGAAGAAUUUGCUUCCCUUCUUAGCGUAUCUAACCUAGUUUUUUGAUCUCCAUUCUUUUCAAGGAACUUUAUAAGACUCAGAACCAUAACGGGUCCCAUCUUCAACAAGAAGUUUCAGGUGAACUCGGUACCAUUGCCGGUAAAGAGCACCGAGCUGGCGACGGUGGCGCCGGAAGAUCAAACCACGGCGAUUGACACGCUCAACGGCUCCUCGUCUCGUGUCAAGCGUAGUGGUUGCGGGUGCUGCGGCUGCGGCUGCGGUUGCUGCGGCUGCGGAGGAGGAGGCGGCGGCUGCGGAUGCUGCUGCUGUCGACCACGGUAAGCUUCGAUCCCAUUCAAUCGACAUUCAGGAAAAAUUUUGAAAAUUCAUGGAAAAAAUCGGUCUCAUUUUGAGAAUGAGCAGAAAUGAAUGAGCACUUCAGCCACACUCUGGAAAAAAUACGCCUCAAACUUUUGAUAUUAUCCAAAAUCGAACUAGCAAGCUUUUGAACCAGGAAAAUUCCAUAAAACUUUAUGUUCUCACAUCUAAACAAACUUCUUUUGGAAUCUAUGGCUAACUUACAACCUUCAAAUAUCCUACACCCUGUUUGGGAUCGAACCAGCGACCCUUCAGCCCCCAACAAGCCUUACUACCCACUAGACUACAUUCUUCUCAUUUUCCAGCUGCUGCUGCUGCUGCCGUCGCUGCUGUACCUGCUGCAGAACCUGCUGCUGCACCCGUUGCUGCACUUGCUGCCGUCCUUGCUGCUGCGGAUGCGGUGAGGAACAUUCAUCCCCUAUCCAUCAUUUAUCAAAGAAUUUCAGGAUGCGGAUGCGGAGGGGGAUGCGGUAACACCAUCAACUACCGUCAUUAAUAUUCAAAAAAACGAUUUCAGGAUGCUGCGGAUGCGGAGGAGGACGCAAGCGACGCAGUCUGAUCAAGCUCCGCAUUGCUCACACCGACAAGGUUCUCAAGGAGCUCGCUGAGCAGCUCCAAGCCGAACAGGCCCAAUCCGAGCCGGUCGAAUCUGAGCAGCCCCAAGAGCUCACCCCAGAAACUAGCCAGACCGAAGCGUCUGCCAGCGACUGA